AUGCCGUCGAUCAAACUUGCUAGUUCCGAUGGUGAGGUUUUUGAUAUAGAUGUGGCUAUUGCAAAACAAUCCGUCACCAUAAAAACCAUGUUGGAUGAUUUAGGGUUGGAGGAGCAAGGAGAUGAAGAGCCAGUUCCCCUCCCAAAUGUUAAUGCCGGAAUUCUGCGUAAAGUUAUUCAGUGGUGCACUUAUCACAAAGACGAUCCACCACCCCAGGAAGAUGACGAAAACAAAGAACGUCGUACAGAUGAUAUUCCUAGUUGGGAUCAAGAGUUCCUCCGUGUCGACCAAGGAACACUGUUUGAGUUGAUGUUAGCUGCCAACUAUCUCGAUAUUAGGGGACUGUUGGAUGUAUGCUGUAAAACUGUAGCUAAUAUGAUCAAAGGAAAAACACCAGAAGAAAUACGCAAAACCUUCAAUAUUAAGUGUGAUUUCACGCCCCAGGAGGAAGAACAAGUUAAGAAAGAAAAUGAAUGGUGUGAAGAAAAAUAA